AUGAGCAUUACUUCUUCAAGCUCUACUUUACAACAAUAUUUUAUGUGUGAAAUUUGUAGAAAAAUGUAUAGAACAAAAAGAAGGUUAAAUUGGUACAAGAAAGUUGUUCAAAAAUAUAAUAUUCGUCAUGAUGGGUUAUAUAUGCUUCCUUUAGAAGCAAUUAAUCAAUUUAAGUCUACUCUUAUCUAUAUUAUAAGAAAUAAGCUCAAAAAAUAUUUUAAACAAUCAGGCAAACAAACUCUUUCUUUUCCAUGUUUAGAAAGUUUAUUUUUUGGCAUUUUUGAAG